GGGAUCUGGCCAGAAAAUAGACUUUCUGUCGUAAAGACUGUCGUGAACGUCGCAUGGAACUCCUCUCAAAGCAAUUAUAAUGCACGCCUUGAUACAUGCGUGUAAAUCUGCGUUUAAUUAAUAUGCACAGAUAAUUUAAUUCACCUGCUUGUAUUGCAAGCAAUAUUAUUUCUGGUUUUAUAACAUUAUUCUGGGACGAUAGAAGGUUGCUUUACGGCAAACGAGGGGAUUGGCAGCUGUGACAGCUGUCUUGAAGGCUGAAAUUGGUUUGAGUACAGGGGAGCAAACACGGGGAGAUGGAUAAGGAGCCUGCAGGAUCGUCUAACCCGGGCUCAGGCGGAGCAGAAAGAGGAGGAAGAGGCUUUGGCAGUUUAUUCAGAUCUACAGGUCCGGUUUAUUCAAAUUCAGAGCUCGCCGGUGUGCCUUUGUCUGGUAUGAGCUCUCUCUCACCUUAUCUCAAUGUUGACCCCAAAUAUCUUAUUCAGGAUGCAGAUGAGUUCAUUUUGCCCACUGGUGCCAACAAGACAAGAGGACGCUUUGAGUUGGCUUUCUUCACCAUUGGCUCAUGCUGUAUAACAGGUGCACUGUUUGGAGCCAUCAAUGGAUUACGAAUGGGACUGUCUGAAACUAGGAAUAUGGCCUGGUCUAAACCUCGUAAUGUGCAAAUAUUAAAUCUGGUGACCCGUCAGGGAGCUACAUGGGCGAACACUCUGGGCUCAGUGGCUCUAUUAUACAGUGUAUUUGGUGUGAUCGUCGAAAAAACCAGAGGAGCAGAGGAUGAUCUCAACACCCUGGCUGCUGGCAUAAUGACUGGUGUCCUCUACAAAUCCCCAGGGGGUCUGCGUGGAGCAGUUCGAGGAGGUGUGAUCGGCUUUGCAUUAUCGGGACUGUAUGCCUUGUACAAUAACUGGGACCAUCUGAAAGGCAGCUCCCCCACUCGCUACUGAGAAAAGAGGGACAAGAGUGGACAUUUUUCACAGUUAGAUGUCAUGGCCUGGUUUAUUGUUCAAUCCUACAAAACCACUGUUUCAUUAUGAUUCUCUGCCUCUGAGAUUUUAUCAAGAUUAAAAUGUUCACUUAAUGCUAAUUUUCACAUAAUUUUCACUUAAUGCACAUGCUGCAUUUCCAUUAACUCUAAACAGCUGAUUUGUGUGUGAUUUCUGUUCUUGAUGGAUUUAUGUCUUUUUCCAUGGGGUACAUAAAAUUGAGUGCAAAACUUUCUUUGAAAAUGAAGAAACCAACAAUGCAAGUCGAGAAUAAGAAAAUAAAUUAUUAUAUGAAUAUGUAAUGUAGAUUUGUAUAUAAACUGAAGCUUGGUGGCACUGUACAUUUUUAAUAUUUCACCCAGAAACCACAACUGUGUUGUGUUCUAUGGUUCACUAUUUUACAAAAUGAAUGGGUGUUUUUGUUCCUAACUUAGUGAACUGUUGUACUUUGUCUUUAAGACUUGUUAUAAUUACAUGUAAUAAUAACUGACUUCUUUUUAAUUUCUCUGAAUUGCUAAUAUGCUAAUAAAUACAAAAGAGCCUGUUUUAUAUAAUGUAUGGAGUCUAAUAUCAGUAAUAAUUAUCCCACAUUCUCAAAAAAUAUAGUCAAAUGGAUGCUAAUUUGUUGAUCAAAUAUUCCACCCCAUUAAAAAUACAGGCUUGUGAUAAAUCAAGGAGAAAAUGACUAACAUUUCUACUACUGUUAAUUGGCUUUGACAGUCAGAUGCACUUGAUUUUAUAGACAUGACUGCAGUGUACAGACAAUUUAUGUGACCUUCUGCCAAGUUUUCAAUCUUCUAAUGGCUUUCUGUAUCAGCACAACAGGUAAUGAGGAAAUUGCCUUGAUAUGAUAAACUAAGCACAGUGCGUUGUAAGCAUAAAAUUACAAAUGACACUAAAUGAUACAAUUACAAUGACACUAAGGCAUGUUCACCCAGAUAAAGUAUUUGUAAUAAUUACAGAGAAUAAAGUAUGUUAUAUUUAAUUGGACAUUGACACUGUGUUUGCAUGACUGAAGUCCAAGUGUAUUUACAUCUACGGUGUAAGCCAUGAUUCAGACCUUUUUGAGGCUAUUACAGGGACCAAUGAUUGAUCACUAGACAGCUGUCUGUAUUUUGUCAUGUGUCAUGUGAAGUCAUGUUGACACAAGUCAUGUCAUUAAAAACCUAAGUUAAUUCCA